GAAUCGAACUGCGAGCUUCAGCCAAUCACGGCUCAGUAUAGUUGGACACAAUAAUUUUAUCACGAGAAAUAAAAUAAAAAAACGCGCUCCCGAAAUCGACACGCUCCGAGUAGAUUAGAAAACAAUUCACGACGUAUAGGGAAAACCGUAAGCCCUGCGAAUUUACUGUUAUCGAGAAAAGAAACAAGUGUUUGUUGGAAUUAAAAUAAAUAAAAACAUUACAUAAUGCCUUUAUUGCGAUUGACUAGUGGAACUUUCGGGUCGCUGCGUACCUUCGCAACGUCAUCCGCCCUUGGGAAAAGGGUGAAGACUUUCGCCGUAUACCGCUGGAAUCCCGAUGAGCCGGACAAGAAACCAUACACUCAAAAUUUUGAGGUAGAUCUGGACGAUUGCGCGCCUAUGGUUUUAGAUGCGCUGCUAAAGAUUAAAAACGAAAUGGAUCCCACUUUAACAUUCAGGAGGUCUUGCCGCGAGGGUGUCUGUGGCUCUUGCGCUAUGAACAUCGACGGCAUUAACACGCUGGCUUGCAUCAGCCAUAUCGACCAGAACUUGUCCAAACCAAGUAAGAUUUACCCAUUACCGCACAUGUACGUAGUCAAGGACCUCGUGCCUGAUCUGACGAACUUUUACCGCCAGUACCAGUCCAUUGAGCCGUGGCUGCAGAGGGACAAGGAGCCUGUUAAAGGUAAGGAAACUCAGUUACUUCAAGAUGUUGAGGACCGUGUGAAGUUGGAUGGUUUGUAUGAGUGCGUCCUUUGCGCUUGUUGCUCGACGAGCUGCCCAUCGUAUUGGUGGAAUGGAGACAAAUACCUUGGCCCUGCUGUGCUUAUGCAAGCCUAUAGAUGGAUCAUUGAUUCUCGCGAUGAUGCUACAGCCAAACGUUUGGCCAAUCUCAAAGAUACAUAUUCAGUAUAUCGUUGCCAUACCAUUAUGAAUUGCACACGCACAUGUCCCAAAGGCUUGAACCCCGGCCGUGCUAUUGCUCAGAUUAAAACCCUACUAUCUGGAAUGGUUAAGAAACAAACUCCCAUCAUGGAUCCUGCUGGCUUAGAGAAACAGGCUGUACAAAACUAAUAUUUUAAUGAAUUUCCUUUAGUUAAUUUAUAUAUAUAUUAGUUUACAGUAAAAUUUUGACUAAGAAAAACAUUUGUGACUUAAAUAAUACAUUGUAAUUACUAAGAAAUAUUGAAGGUUCGCUUUUAAAGAUACAUUAAGUAACAAUUUGCUUUUGGAGAUUUUUUUACAGUAUUUUGUUUGUUACGUAUACCAAAUGAAAUUUAUGUGACAUUUUUUGUAAAUUAAUUAGAAAUAUUUGCAUGUUAUUUUAUUUUGACAACCUAUCUAGCAAAGGAUUAUAAAUUAUCUAAUUUAAAAAUUGCAUAGAAUGAAAUAAUGGUUGAUGUUUUAAUUCUUAUGUAGCCCAGCUCAUUUAACAUAACAAUUGUUAUGUAAAAUGCAACAAAAAACAGCUCAUUAAAUUAUCACUAUAUUUAUAAUUAUUUUACAUCAAAUCAUACUAC